AUGAGCGACGAGAAGGUCGCCGACUUCAGCAAGAUCGACCUGCGCGUCGGGACCAUCGUGAGCGCCUGGAACCACCCGGACAGCGACAAGCUCAUCGUCGAGGAGAUCGACAUCGGCGAGGACGAGCCGCGCCAGAUCGUCAGCGGCCUCCGCGCGUUCUACGAGGCCGACGCGCUGGCCGGCAAGAAGUGCGUCGUCGUCGCGAAUUUGCCCAAGGCCAAGCUCGGGGGCGUCGACUCCUUCGGCAUGGUCCUCUGCGGCUCCAAGGACGAGAAGGCCGUCGUCGAGAUCCUCGAGCCGCCGGCCGAGGCCGAGGACGGCGAGCGCGCGUUCGUCGACGGCGCCGACGGCGACGCCGCGACCGCGAACCAGGUCAAGAAGAAGAAGUUCUGGCCGCCCGUCGCCGAGAAGCUCGCGAUGGCGGGGGGCGUCGCGACCUUCGACGGCCAGGCCAUCUCCACGUCCGAGGGGCCCUGCACGUGCCCGUCCAUCGCCGAGGGCGGAUUGUCGUAG